AUGAUAGAUCAGAAUUAUAUUGAACUACAACAAUAUCCAGAAAGUAAUGAUAAUAUUCAUGAGGAUGACUUUAUAAUAAAUGACGAAGACGAAGAUGAUGAUAAAAACAAUUCAUUAAGUUUAACAAAAACUCAAUUAUCAUUAAUACUACAUAGAUUAGGUUACAUAGACUUACAUGAUUUAGAUUUAAAUAAUAUACAAAAUCUACCUAAAUCUGCACAAUAUAUGAUAAAUAUUAUAAACACAAUGUCAAUAGAUACAGCGAUUGAAAUAAUACGGAACACUUUAGCUGAUCAUAUUGAAGAUGUUAAUUUUCCUCGGGACGAGUACAAUUUAUUAGAAAAAUUAUUACAUACAACAUCAACAAGUAAACAACUUACUAAAAUAGAAAUAGAAGAUGAAUCCAGAAUUUUCCAUAAUGAAAAAUCAUACUUAAAUUUAGUUGACUGGGAUUUACAAAUUCGUUUGGAAGCAGCAUUAGUACAUUAUCAUUCACCAUAUCCAGAAGUACGGGCUAUAACCGAACCAUAUGAUGAUCCAACAAUACUAUGUGAAACUUUCAGGGCAUACUUUAUCGGUUUUGCUUGGACAUUUAUUGGAUCAAUCAUCAACACAUGUUUUGUUCAUAGAAUUCCUAAUAUCAGUUUAAGCUCACAUACAGUUCAAGUAUUACUACUACCUUGUGGAAAAUUAUGGGCUCAAUACAUACCAAACAAGAGACUCAAGUUUUUCAGAUAUAUAAUUGAUCUAAAUCCAGGUCCUUGGACAUAUAAAGAAUUAAUGUUAAGUACAAUAAUAUAUCUGUGUUCAGCAGGUGUUCCUUACUCGAUGUAUAAUAUAUUUGUAAUGAAACUAGACAAAUUUUAUGGAUUAAAGUGGGUUACUAUAACAUUUCAAAUUUUCUUAUCUGUAUCUACACAAUUUCUAGGUUUUAGUUUUGCAAUGGUCAUGAAAAAAGUAUGUGUUUAUCCGAGUACUUCAAUAUGGCCAUCUAUAUUACCUACUAUAGCAUUAAAUAAAGCAUUAAUGGAUGAAGAAGAUAAUCUGCAUAGUAUGACGAGAUUUAGAUUUUUUAGUUAUGUUGCAAUAUUCAGUUUUCUCUACAAUUGGAUGCCUAGUUAUUUCUUUAAAGCUUUAGCUAAUUUUAAUUGGACUACUUGGUUUGCUCCAUCGCUGAUUCAUUUGGUUAAUAUUACUGGUUCUUCAAAGGGGUUGGGGUUGAAUCCAUGGCCUACUUUUGACUGGAAUAGAAUUGAUGCUGGUGGUUGUUUGACACUUCCUUUUUACAGUUAUGUUAAUCGGUAUAUUGGUAGUAUACUUGGGUUUUUGGUCAUUGUCAUUGUUUAUUAUACAAAUAAUAAUUAUUCGUCAUAUUUCCCAAUAAAUUCAAAUUAUUUAUUCAACAAUAAGGCUGAAGUCUACGAUGUACAUUCUAUAUUAAAUGACAAGAAUCAAUUUGAUAAUGAUAAAUAUCAACAGAUAGGACCACCCUAUUUUUCAGCUGCUAAUUUAGUCAUUUAUGGAGCUCACUUUUGUCUUUACCCUUUUUCAAUACUUUAUAAUUUUGCAACAGAAUGGAAUUCAAUGAAAUCAAGUUUUGUUAGUGUUUGGAUCUCAUUAACUGAUGCUUUCAAAUCAAAUUCUAAUCAAUUUGGUAGAUACUCAGAGGAUCCACAUUGUAAAAUGAUGUCAAAGUAUAAGGAAGUUCCCGAUUGGUGGUUUAUUACUAUUCUUGUAGUGAGUACCUCAUUUGCAAUAGCUACUGUUACAUUUUAUGAUGUUGAAACUCCAUUAUGGGGGAUAUUUUUGGUCAUUUUCGUUAAUUUCAUAUUCCUAAUUCCUUUAACUUCUAUUGCAUCAGUUACUGGAUUUUCAUUUGGAUUAAAUGUGCUAAUUGAACUAAUUGUGGGUUAUUUGAUCCCCAAUUCAGGAUUAGCUUUAAUCACUCUCAAAGCAUUUGGAUAUAAUAUAGAUAGUCAAGCAAGUAAUUAUAUAACAGACCAAAAGUUAGCUCAUUAUACUCACUUGCCACCAAAAGCAGUUUUCAAAGGUCAAAUAAUAUCAACAUUAAUAAACAUAUUUGUAGCAUUAAUUAUUACAAAUUGGUUAUUAGAUUCAAACAUUCCAAAUUUAUGUGAACAAAAUCAAAAAUACAACCUAGAAUGUCCUGGAGCAAAUACUUAUUUUUAUUCAUCAAUUCAAUAUGGUGAAAUAGGACCUGCUAAAGUUUUUAAAUUGUAUCCUGUUUUCAAAUGGUGUUUUUUGUUGGGUGCUAUUCUUGUGGUGCCUUGUGCUUUGUUUAAAAAAUAUGGACCUAGAAAAUUUACUACCUCUUUUCAACCUACUAUUAUUAUGGGUGGGUUUUUGGAUUUCGCUCCAUAUAACUUAUCAUAUUUCACAGGAGGUCUAUAUAUGUCAUAUUUAUUUAUGUACAAAUUAAAAACCAACUACUUAAACUUAUGGGAACGUUACAACUAUAUCUUGAGUAGUGGAUUAACAGUUGGAGUAGCUUUCAGUUCAUUAGUCAUAUUUUUCAUAAAUUUACCAAGUUUACAUUGGUGGGGUAAUACUGUUAGUUACCAAGGUAUUGAAGGUGGUAAAUUGAGUGAUAUUUGGAGGAAUGUUACUAGUUCUCCUGAUGGGUAUAUAGGUUUGAGGAAAGGUGAAUUUCCAUGA